UGGAGCAGCGAAUCACGUGCAAACGCACCUUAGUCCGGGUGAUCUGCAGUUAGUGUGAUCAGAUUUGAUAUUGGUCUUCGCGUUCUCGAGCUCUCUCCCUGUUGCGAGGUCACAGCAUCUUGCGUCCACCCGCUCACACGUUCAGCCCAGGUGGGCACGCAUGCUGGGCUGCCUCCUGGCUCUCUCCUUCAUCCUGCUGGUUGCUGGGAGAUGUGGACAGCAAGAACGAGCUUCACACAGAAUACCUCGCCCAACAUGCAGACAGCAGAUUCUGACACACUACAAAGGGGCUUUUGUUAGAGCAACUCCAGCAGUUGUUAGAAGAACAUUCUCUCAAGUCAUUGGCUCAGCAGCAGCAGGAACAAACGCAGGUUGGUCAAAUGGUUGUAGGCAUCAAAGAACUCACCACUCAUAUACAUUCUGUUGGAUUAGUUGCUCCCUUCGCCAACCCCCAAAACACCAUCCCCACUCCCGAGAAUGGUGUUUCCGGUUAGUAAGCCAGAUAAAUAUCACAGAGAUCCAGAGAAGUAUCGGGAUUUAUUCCCCUCAGUGCUCACAUUUUAGCAAUGCCUCAGCUAGUGACGAUUGCGCUAAGAUAGUAUUUGUUGUCUAACACCUUACUAAUGAGGCUUUGGCAUGCGAGCUGGCAGUGUGGUCAUGCAUUCAAACAAUUCCCUAUGCAUUUCUGCAGUUCCCUGCAGAACACAGUGCUGUAUUUGACCACAUGCAUUAAGGCAAAGCCUGCAAUUGUCCAGGCAGUGGCUGGAAUGAGCCAGCUCUGCUCGUUGCAUUUAGGAAUGGCCUCUAAGGUGACAUACUAGCCAAGCUGGCCUGCAAGGAAAAAAGAUUUAACCUUGGUCCAUUGAUCAAUCUUGUUUGACUGGAUCAUUUACUUUGUGAACGCAAACCUAAGAAGACUGGUAGAAGCUACCUGAAUCUAAAUACAUCACGCCAGUGGAAACCAGACAACUACCUGGAACUUAACCGAUGGGAGGAGCCCAUGCAAUGUGCUUCCUCAUGCCUUACCCUGGCAGAGAGAGAGCAAAAGAUGCGCAAUGGUCUCAGUCUAUACUUUGGAGGUGCGGGCCAUCUACUGUGGGAGUGCCGGCUACGUAGCUGUGGUACUGCAGCGACCUCUGGAAAGCGCGUGGAGCAGGCCAAUGUGCCUUAACCAACUCAGAACCAGAGGGGAACUUCUUCCACGCCAACAUCAUUGAGGAAUUCAAGAUCCCUGUAGAGCCACUGGAAGUUCCUCUCCAUCACCAGCCUUGACGAAGGUCCCGUGGGCUUUCAGAUUGAGGCUUUUGCACCUUGAGAAUGGCUCGCUCUUUAAGCCAGUUGCUUAGCGGCUACCUGGCUGGGCGACGAAUGCGACGAAGACGUCUAGUGACCAAAAAUGGCCACUGUAACACUGAGUAUGGCAAAAUGAGAUACAGCGCCUGGUUUGCCUUCAUGCAAGACACAUGGAGCACCUUUGUGGAACUUCGCUGGUACUCCUUCACAUUACUCUAUGUGUCCUCUUUCAUUUUCAGUUGGUUUAUCUUCACACUUAUCUGGUACUGGGUAGCCCGUGAUAAUGGUGACUUGUGGUAUCAGAACCCUCCAAGUAACCACAGUUACUGUAUACUUAAUAUGUAUGACUUAACCACUUCAUACCUCUACUCAUUGGAGACACAGCUGACUAUUGGCUAUGGCUUUCGAGUAAUUACCCCAACUUGUCCUAGUGCCAUCGUUGUCCUUAUUGUCCAAGUUCUUGUUGGUGCAGUCAUUGUCUGCUUCUGGUGUGGUGUGCUUAUUACCAAAAUGUCCUCACCCAAGAAAAUAGGCAAAGCAGUCACUUUCACUGAGAUGGCUGUAAUCUGCUCUAAACAGGAUGCACUCUGUUUGCAAAUAAGAGUGGCCAACCUUCGCAAAAGUUUGCUGGUUGGCAGUCAAAUUUAUGGGAAACUAAUAAGGACAACAAUCACACCUGAAGGAAAAACAAUCAUUAUGGAGCAGAUCAAUAUUGACUUUCAGGUGGACGUUGGGAAGGACAGCCUGUUCUUUGUUUGCCCCUUGACUCUGUACCAUGUGCUUGACAAGACAAGUCCAUUCUUCCAGAUGGCUGUGGACACACUGCCACAGCAGGACUUUGAGCUGGUGGUGUUUCUGGAUGGCAAAGCUGAUUCCACCAGCUUCCCCUGCCAGGUCAGGACUUCUUACAUACCUCAAGAGAUCAUGUGGGGCUACAGGUUCCUACCCAUCAUCUCCCGCAGCAAAAAGGGCAAAUAUUGCGUGAACUUCUCCAACUUCUCCAAAGUCGAGACAGUUGCAACUGCGCACUGUGCCUAUUGCUAUCAUGACGUGAAUGCCCACCAACACCAGUCUGCUCACGGAAUUGAAAACAAGGGUUUUGAGGUGAUUGACGUUAGUGAUUAGAUGAGUUAUGCCAAAAACUGAACUGAACAUAUUUAUUAUCUUUGGAUUUGCUCUGUCUGGAAAUAGCUCUCAAAUGUGGAGCACAGUGACAGGACACAGAUGAUAAUAAAAUUAGCUUUUAGUAGUGACUAAGAAAGUGAACACAGGGCAUAAUAAUGAUGAAACACGUACACACACACACACACACACACACACAAAAAAAAACCUCUGAUGAAGGAAUUCCAAAUGUAACUUGCUCUGAAAUAUUAAAGAUGUGUGCUAAUAAUAAUUUGUGGUUCACUGUUUACAUUCUAUUGUGGCUAUU